AAGUUGACAGAUUUGACCGCCAGUGUAUCUCUUGAGCGAUACACCCUUUCCUUCAGUCUAUGUAACCAUUUCAAUCGAUCAGAGAUGAAGCGUUCGACCGUGAUGGUCGGUAGCUACGGACCGCAAAAAGAAUUACGCGAAUGGAAUUCAGAAACCUAUGUUGCUCCGAAGGGUGCAAUGCAUCGGGGCACCUAUCACGUUAAAAGUCGGUUCCGCGAUAUUGACAAACAUCAGUUCAUCACGUGGAGAUGGGUGAUCAAUGUUGUUAAAUCUCCCUCAAGCACAGACUAG